CUUCUGACCAGCGUUGACCGGUGAGCCUUUGGACACCGCGGCUUCCCUCGUGGCCUCAUCUGACCGUCGCCGCCGAAGGGGAAAACGCAGGUGUUCUUGUUUCUCUCUCCAGCCCAAACUGGUGGCGGAAUCAACCCAAAACCUUGCCAGAUUUCCAACCUGAUUACGACAUGAUCCGGUUCAUCCUGCUGCAGAACCGGCAGGGGAAGACGCGGCUGGCCAAGUACUACGUCCCGCUCGAGGACUCGGAGAAGCACAAGGUCGAGUACGAGGUGCACCGGCUGGUCGUCAAUCGGGACCCCAAGUUCACCAAUUUCGUCGAGUUUCGCACACACAAAGUUAUCUACAGGAGAUAUGCAGGGCUGUUUUUUUCAAUUUGUGUGGACAUAACUGACAACGAGUUGGCAUACUUGGAAUGCAUUCACUUGUUUGUUGAAAUAUUGGACCAUUUCUUUAGCAAUGUUUGUGAGCUUGACUUGGUUUUUAAUUUUCACAAGGUUUAUCUGAUUCUAGAUGAGUUUAUUCUUGCUGGAGAACUGCAAGAAACAAGCAAAAAGGCGAUAAUUGAGCGAAUGGGUGAACUAGAGAAGCUGGAAUGAGGGUGAGGGGAAGAGGCGGCCGCUGCAGUGCCCCAUGGCUGCUCACCAUUUGUACAAUAAUUUGUAGGUGUUGUGCAUUUACUUUCGUUGUUCUUCAUUUCGGAUUUCAUUGGUUGGGUGAAUGGUCCAUGCCAUCACUUUGUCUCAAGUAACCGUUGCUUACCUGAGAUUGCUUGCAUGUUACAGAAACUUCACUGUAGUUAGUUUCUCACUGCAGCGAUGAAAAAAAAAAGUUUUCUACUUUGUUGCCAAA